AUGAAAACCAAAACACUGAGCUGCAUUCCACAGAACCAUGAAAAGUACAUAUCUUUUUCAAUGGGAAAACUGGAUUUCAUUGAUUCCUUUCAAUUUCUGUCAACAUCUCUAGAAAAACUUGUGAAAAACCUUUCAAAGGAAGGUGUAGAGAAGUUUAAGCACCUUCAUCACUAUAUUGAAAAGCAGCAUCCAGGUCAAAUUAACGAAAAGAUGAAUUUACUCAUGCGCAAAGGGGUGUAUCCCUACGAGUACAUGGAUAGUAUAGAUAAAUUUCGAGAAAAAUGUCUUCCAGAGAGAUCAGCUUUUCAUAGUAGUAUUGAUGAUCAGGAUUUGUCAGAAGCUGAUUUUUAUCAUGCACAGUCUGUUUGGAAAACAUUUGAGAUGUCCGACUUAGGAGACUAUCACGAUCUCUAUAUGGAAACUGACAUCAUUCUUUUAGCCGAUGUAUUUGAAAACUUUAGAAAUCUUUGUCUUCGUAUUUAUGGACUAGACCCAGCACAUUUUUACACUGCCCCGGGACUGGCAUGGCAAGCGGCUCUAAAAAUGACAGACGUUCAUUUAGAACUUUUUACAGACCCUGACAUGCAUCUAUUCAUUGAAAGGGGUCUGAGGGGAGGCAUUUCUAUGAUAUCACAAAGAUACGCCAAAGCUAACAAUCCAUAUGUAGAAGAUUACAAUCAUAGCCAACCAAACAAUUACCUCAUGUAUCUAGAUGCAAACAACUUAUAUGGAUGGUCAAUGAGUCAAGCUCUUACAUCACACGGAUUCCGAUGGCUUUCCAAGGAGGAAAUAAAUUCUUUUGAUAUUCAAAAUAUCAGUGAAGAUUUUAAAGAAGGCUACAUUUUAUCAGUGGAUCUUGAUUAUCCAGCAGAAUUACAUGACCUUCACAGUGAUUAUCCGUUAGCACCAGAACCAUUUGAAGUGAAACCAAAUAUGCUAUCAUCCUACCAGAAAGAACUACUCAAAGAGCUGAAUCUUCUUGAAACAUCAACUCGAAAAUUAGUUCCGAAUCUCCACAACAAAACCGAUUACGUAAUUCACUAUAGGAAUUUGCAGCUAUACUUAUCACUCGGUAUGAAGGUCACUAAAGUUCAUCAAGUGCUUGCGUUUCAACAGGAGCCAUGGUUGAAAAAGUACAUUGACUUUAAUACAAACAUGCGAAAAGCAGCUAAGAAUGACUUUGAAAAAGACUUCUACAAAUUAAUGAAUAACAGUGUGUUUGGAAAGACAAUGGAAAAUCUCAGAAAACGAGUAGAUAUUCAGCUUAUUCACCGGGAGCAAAGGCUUCUUAAGGUUACAGCAAAACCAGGGUUCAAAUCAUUUAAGAUAUUCAACAAAGAUCUGGCAUCGGUGGAACUUACAAAACAGAAUCUUGUCUUGAAUUGCCCUAUAUACGUUGGAUUUUCCAUAUUAGAAAUGUCAAAGGUACUGAUGUAUCAUUUCCACUACAACAAUGUCAAAUACACAUAUGGAGGAAAUGAAGAGUUACUGUUCACAGACACAGAUUCCUUAUGUUACAAUAUAUUUACGGAAGACUUGUACAAGGAUCUGGAGAAAGUAAAGCACCAUUUUGAUUUCAGCGAUUACCCAAGUGAUCAUUUUCUAUAUGAUGACACCAACAAAAAGGUCUUGGGUAAAAUGAAAGAUGAAACCAUGUCAGAGCCUAUGACAGAAUUUGUAGGUUUGAGACCAAAAAUGUAUAGUCUUACCUAUGGACCAACAGCUAAAGGUGUCAGCAAAUCGGUGAUUAUGCGCCAUUCGUCGUACAAAGAAUGUUUAUUUCAAAGAGAAUCUCACAUGGAAACCAUGAUUACAUUUAGAUCAGAAAAACAUCAGAUACAUACCAUUGCCUUGAACAAAACAUCUCUUUCCCCCUUUGAUGACAAACGUUAUAUAUUGAACGAUGGAAUUCACACAUUAGCUCAUGGACAUUGGAGAAUUUCCCAUAAUGCAAUGACUUUGAGUAUUUAA